AUGUUCAGUAGCAUCACUUACAUGAAGGCAUACAUGUUUAGGUUAGCACCUAUGAAUGGAAGUAACUUGUGGCCUGCAACUGAUUAUACUCAAACACAAAACAAAGGUAAGGAGCAGGUAAAGGUAUCUAAGGCUGGGAAAAAACAAAAAUGUAGUCUUUGUAAGAUUGAAGGAUACAGCAAAAGAGCUUGUACUCUAACAAGGCCUCCUAAAAUCAAAGCUAGAAGAAAAACAAAACAGAGUGGUGCUCAAGCAGUCAAUGAGGGUGAUGAAGGUAGUGCAAUUAACGAAGGUAAUCAAGGUAAUGCAAUGAAUGAAGGUGAUGAAGUGAAUGAGGAUGAUCAAGCAAUAAAUGAUGAUGGAGGAGCAGUAAAUGAUGGUGGAGAAGCAGUCAAUGAGGUGCAUGUGCAACAGCACUAUGAUAAGGAGGCUAGAGAAACACCAAUUGCAACCCUUUUGAAGAAAAUCAGGAGGAAGAAAUCUGAAAUGAUUAUCAAGUUGAAGCUGGGUAAGAAAGUUGGUGGUGUAGAUGCACCUAGGAAUUCAGAAGCUAAACCUGUUACCCUAGAAUAA